GGGCGGUGAGCAGAGGUGAACCGGCACAGUCUGCAAUCUGCCGCUUCGGAGCCGAGACGAACCGGCACCGCAAUUUCGAAAAGAAGCCAAGUCUCGAUAUUUGGCUGACGCCCAUCUCUUGGGCAAAUAAUAAAAAAAAGUAAGUGACCAAGCGAUAAGGAACCUCGUGGAAUCACGUGCAUACGAAACUUGGGAGCAGUCCCGACGGGCGCAGAGAUAACAUCGAUUAACAAAAUAAGUGGAAGAUCGCCCGGUUGGAAUCGUUGAAAUCGUUGGAAUCGUUGGUGCGAAAAGUAUGCGGUGAUCGAGAAAGGAUAAAAACGAGACUGAACAUCCCCAACCGGGGUUCGAGGAUAAUCUCAGGAUGCUCGUCCCCGCUGACAUGUUGGCAGCCCAGUCAAAAAUGGUCUAUCAAAUAAACAAAUACUUCGGAGAACGAGUAAUGACGAGAAAAGCUCAGGUUGCGAAAACGAUUCAGGAAGUCUGUCGAGUUGUUCAGGAUGUGCUGAAAGAAGUUGAAGUCCAGGAGCCCCGUUUCAUCUCAUCAUUAACGGAUUACAAUGGCAGGUUCGACGGUCUCGACGUCAUAUCGCCGACCGAAUUCGAAAUAGUUAUUUAUCUCAACCAAAUGGGAGUGUUGAACUUCGUUGACGACGGGACAUUGCCAGGUUGUGCGGUAUUGAAACUCAGCGACGGCCGUAAGCGUUCCAUGUCGUUGUGGGUCGAGUUUAUAACAGCAUCGGGUUAUCUGUCAGCGCGUAAGAUACGCUCGAGAUUUCAAACAUUGGUCGCUCAAGCGUGUGACAAGUGCGCGUAUAGAGAUUCAGUGAAAAUGAUAGCAGAUACGACGGAGGUUAAGCUUCGAAUACGAGAAAGAUACGUUGUCCAGAUAACGCCGGCUUUCAAGUGUGCCGGUUUAUGGCCAAGAUCGGCAUCCCACUGGCCCAUACCCCAUAUACCAUGGCCCCAUCCGAAUAUCGUCGCUGAAGUCAAAGCCGAAGGUUUCGACAUGCUGUCCAAGGAGUGCAUCGGAUUACAAGGAAAACAAUCGGCAAUGGAGGGCGACGCGUGGGCAUUGUCAUUCAUAGACGCUGAAAAUCGUCUUCUCCAAGGUGCCAGUAGAAAACGUUGUCUCAGUAUCCUCAAGACAUUGAGGGAUCGUCAUCUAGAUUUGCCGGGUAAUCCAGUAACGAGCUAUCACAUGAAAACACUUUUGUUAUACGAGUGCGAAAAACAUCCCCAUGAGGCGGAGUGGGACGAAGCUUGUCUUGGUGACCGCAUCAAUGGAAUAUUUCUUCAGCUAAUAUCGAGCCUCCAGUGUCGAAGAUGCCCGCAUUACUUUUUACCGAAUCUCGAUCUCUUCAAGGGCAAAUCUCCGAGUGGGUUGGAAAACGCGGCUAAGCAAGUUUGGAGACUUACUCGCGAAUUAUUGACCAACAGUAGAGCAUUGGAGAAACUCUAAUUUGUGAAUAAAUGAGCUUUUGUGUGAUUUUUUUGCAAGUGCUUUCUUGGCUUUGGUACCGAAUGCGAUGUCGAGAUCCACAUCGCCGGUUCUCGAACGCGUGAUGAAGCAUCGCGUUUACUUUUAUGGCCAAAAAUGGUGCGUCAUUCGAGCAUUCAUCGGGCGCUCUUCGUCGUCGCCGGGGUGGAUUCCAUGCAUCAGUUUUCUCGUGUCCUUCGUUACGAAUAAAUGUGUUAAGUGAACAAACACAAGAAAACUCGGAAAAAGCUAUUGCAUCGAGUUAGUGCCAUAUUCAUAAAAAAAAAUCGAGAACCUGAACAAAAAGUACGGUUGACCCCCCCUCCGUCGCAGUGAUCUACCGGUUCUUUUCUCUUAUUUCUUUUUUUCUUCUUAUAAUAAUCGAACUCGGAAUUUGAAGCGACCGAUAAAAAAAGUGAGACCCUCGCCUGAGAUUAUUCGAUGCUCUCAGUCGUAGCCUCUAUUAAAAGACUCAAUUCUAUUGUAAUCCCUGUUCUUAAUGACCUCCAACCUACACCGCUUUGUAAAUACGACUAAAAGAUAUUUAUUGAACUGUAACGAUAUGUGAAGAAAUAUAUAUCGUAAUAUUUAUAUGACGACAAA